AUGACGUCUCCACCAUACCACCCAGCUUCAAACGGGGCGGCUGAAAAUAGUGUGAAAACUAUUAAACAAUUUAUUAUCAAGACUUUGAAAAGUUCUUACAAUAUUUUUGAUGAGAUUUCGAAACAAUCUCAGAUUACAGAAUUAGACCUUUAUAAUUUUUUGGUAUUGUAUAGAAAUACAGAGCAUUGUAGCACUGGCGAAUCCCCUGCCCGUUUGAUGCUGGGCCGAGCUCUCAGAACUAGAUUAGAUUUAAUUAAACCCAUAAAUAUACCGGUACGUAAACCCAAACCUAUGAGUACUAUUAAAGAUAAUAUUAUCAAAUCACAAAAUCGUCAGAAGAGAAAUUAUCGAGGAAAAAUACGGGAUCGUCUUGAAAUAGGACAAAAGGUGCUAGUGAAAGAUUAUAGAAGGGUUAAACCAGAGUGGACAUCGGGAAUUGUAAUUCGUAGAUUAGGAAAAAAUAUUGUUAAAGUAAGAAUACCCAAUACCAAUUUGGAAUGGAAACGUCACAUAAACCAGAUUCUCCCUGUUCAUGAUAGCUAUGUGAAUUUAGGAGAAGUUGAAAUCAGUAAGGAACAAAUUGUUUUGCCUCAAGAGGUGGAAAAAUCGAGCUCUCAAUUAGGUAGCAGUGAGGCACCAGGAGCGGUGGUGGGAAAAUCACAAGAGAGAGAUUCAACGAUGUCAAUAUCGAAUUAUGAUAAUAUCAAUUCAACUAGUAGUGAUCAAGAGACUGGUCUAUCGCAAAUUUCUCCCAGUGAAUUAUCCCUUCGCCCCCAGCGUUUCAGAAAACCGCCUGAGCGGUUUGUACCAUAG